CGCAUGUUAAUAGCCGUGGUGACCUUGUUCAGUGUGUGCUGGCUUCCGUACAACGCAUACUUCGUGUACGUGUCGCACAAUCCGCACGUGGCAUACCUGGACCACAUCCAGCACGUGUACCUGGCAAUGUACUGGCUAGCCAUGUCCCAUGCCAUGUGCAACCCCAUCGUGUACUACUGCAUGAACAAAAGGUUCAGAUCGUAUUUCCGGCAAGCUCUGUGCUGGUGCAUCCCGAAACCAGAAGCUACAAAGACCCUCGCGGCGAACGGCCGUGCUGUACCCUUCCAGACCAGCUGGACAGACCGACAGCACACGAUGAGAGUGUCCAUGUGCUCACACGCUGUCCUGUCAAGCAAGGACAGGGUGACCGCGCAUAAUGGAGGCUUCGGCAAGGGUCACAACCACAACCAUGACACAAGCCUCGUAUAAAGAGGGGAGUGUACUGAGUCCAAAUUAUUGACGGUGAUGAUGUGCAGACAUGUCUGCUCUGCGAUUGAAACGCGUCAACGUGCCGGCCACUAUGUGGCCCGAUUAUCGCUCUUGCAUAAUUGAACACUGUACAGGAAGGAAUUCUGACAACAUGGUCAUAUAAGGUUUGAAAAGAACGUUGGUAAAAGUGGCCGCUAGAGCCAAAAAUUGUUUCGGGGGUAGAUAGCUCAGGACGCCGGCUUUCAUGAGUCUGUGCACAUCAGUAUGGCUUUUUGUCAGCCAUGCAAAGUCAUUAACCCGCAGUAGUUGGGUAUAUUCGAUUAUAAAGAAAUUAUGGAAGAAACUAAAGUAUAAAUCCUUGAAUCAAGCAUAUUGAUUUGAAACGGAAGUGUUAGAUGAGCAGUCACAAAGGCGAAUAUUU